CUGCGAGCCCCCCAACCCUCCAGCCAGCCUACACCCCACCCCGCCCCACAACUCGCCCCCGCCCAGACCAGAGAAGAGCGUACAGCGCAUCCCGGCCCUCUCCGCUCCCCAGCCGCACUGGUCGUAUCUUCCCGAUCCAUUGCCUGUAAGCGUCCUCCUCCGACCCUCUGCCGCGGCUGCCCGUGUGGACGCAUCCGAGACCGAAGGCAAACAUCGCUGGCCAGCCGCUGACGUUGUUGUCCGCCAGCAUCUUAUAUCUGGAUCGAGUCCUUUCGGCCUUACUGUGGACUUAAUCGGACUGCUUGCAGAACCCUCCUUUGCCUCUGAAACAUUUGCUCCCGCGCCAUCUCGAGCCCUAUACACACACAACUCUUGGCUUUUCUCGAACAGUCAAAUAAUUUUCACAAGCGGCCACCCGCCCACCGUCGACUUUGUUCUAUAAAGCUCCAUAUCGCCCCUAUAACUCCCGCCACAUCACAACUUCGACAUGCCUCCCCCACCCCCCGCCCCUCCCGUCUUCUACAGCUUCUCCGACUCUGACGUCCUCGUCGACUCUCUCGCCAACUUUGUCGUCAAGGCCCAGCGAGAUGCCGUCGAGAAGCGCGGUAAAUUCACCAUCGCCCUGUCCCGAGGUUCCCUCGCUGCCAAUCUGAGAGGUCUUGUUGGUCAGGAGAAUGUCCAGUGGGACAAGUGGGAAGUUUUCUUUUGCGACGAGGCCGCUGUACCCCUCGAGGACGAGGACUCUAAUUACCACUCCAACUACCUCUCCUUCCUAUCCACCGUCCCCAUCCCGCCCAAGCAGAUCCACACUAUCGACGUCACCCAGCUCGACGACCUCGAAGAGCUUGCGGAUCAGUACGAAAAGCAGCUUGUCAACCACUUUGCGGCGAGCAAUGCCGCGAGGUACCCUGUGUUUGACUUGAUGCUCUUGGGUAUUGGGCCGGAUGGAGAGACCUGUAGUUUGUUCCCUGGACACGAGAUCCUGACUGAAAAGGACGCGUGGGUCUCUUACAUCGAUGACGCACCCAGAGGGCCCAAGAGGAGAAUCACCAUGACGCUGCCAGUAUUGACACACUGUUACCGUGCGGUGUUUGUGGCCACCGGCAAGGAAAAGGCCGAGAUGCUGCAUACCAUCCUCGACAAGCCCGAAGCCGGCCUGCCUUGCUCUCGCGUCCGACCUGCCUCCCCCGGUCUCGUUUUCUGGUUUGCCGACGCCGACGCUGCCUCUGCUACUGAAACCCCCGCGACAACAUUUAGGUGGAUAGAUAACGAAAAGGAAGCAAAGGAGGCCGUGGAGGGCGCAAAGAGGAAGGCGUUGAGGAAGCAGAAGGAAGCAGAAGAGGCCAAGACGGAGGCGUAACAAAAUGUCUAAAUCAGCCGUGAAUGGUGUCACCGUGUGUGGUAGAUCAUUAUAUGUGUUUUCGUCCUCUUUUUCAACUCAUUCUCUUUCUCAACUAUAGUCAAACCCAUUUCGUUUAUCUUUCCUCCUCCCGGGAUAUACAAUCUCGUUUUGUGUAUUCCCUCUGCCAUGUGCAGUUUUAUACAUUCGAUCGCCGAUCCUGAUUCCGAUCUAUAUUUAUCCCCGUUACUUUUCGCUACUAUAUCAUCGACCAACAGUCCCCGACGGAAAUACACAAGUACAAGAAGGCGAAAGAAAUAGCAAUGCAUAUCCAUAACAUUCGAU